AUCGACAUACGUUUGCAGCAAAGCUUGCGGUGGUGGCGGCGGCAACAACGAUUGCGAUGAAGUUCUCUUCACUUCUCUUCACCUUAUUCGGUUCAGUUGAGUUCAGUCUACGCACCUUAACUCGUCGUCUCACCUCCGCUGACGUAUUUCGUUCUAUUCGAAUUUUUUCUUCCUUGUUUUUAGCUUGCUACCAAAGUUCUUCCCCUCCAUAUCAAGUUAAUUCAAAAGUUAUUCUUCAAUGGCGUCCCAUUAAGAAAAAAUAUUAAAAAAAACAGUGUAUGCAUAUUCUUUCAAAUAAAAAUUUGUAAUUUUUUUCUAAAUAUGCAUAACAUUAAUAUUCAUAAAAUAUUUGGUGUAAAAAAAGAAUAGAAGAAAAAUAUGUUUGCUAAAACUAAUGCAUGUACAUAUGUAUAUUGUGUAAAGUGCAAAAUUUGGGUACGAGAAAAGGAAUUUUGAAAAUCAAGUGACUCGUAAUCAACACGGAAUGAGUGAUUGUCAUAGUUCUUGUAAAGUGAAGCGAACAAAUAAUCAAAAAUAAUAUAUGUAUAGAAAUGGAAGAGACGAAAAAUUAAAAUGUACUGAAAAGACGACUUAUUAACGUCAUCGUGUCAUUCUGGUAAUUGUAAAUAUGUAUCAGUUGUCAUCCGAUUGGAAAUUUUACGGAUUCAGCUUUUUGAGCGUGCUAGAGUCCAAGUGGAAUUGCACCAAUACAGAAUUAGAAACUUGCAACCUAUAAAUAUAUACAUAUACAUAUGUGCAUAGAUUUUACAAUACGUGUUAAUUGCAAGAUAAAAAAAUAUUAAUAUUUGAAAUCAAUGAAAGUGCUGUACACUUGAAAUACCUAUGAAGAUGUUCGCCAUGCAGAAUUGGAUUGUGUGGUGUUUGGAAAAUGAAUAGUGAACAUGCAACAGCAAAAGCAAAUGCUGGUGAGUCAGCGAAAGCCACAAUUACUGUAGCAACUGCGAAUGAAUUGAAUCGGCAAUAUCAACAACAUCAGCAACAACAACAACAACAGCAGCAGCAACAACAUCAGCAGCAUCAGCGGCAUUCACCACAGCAACAUAACGAUUCACAACAUUUGCAGCAACUGCAAUUACAACAACAACAACCUCAGAAUCAUCUGAACGAGCCACAGCCACAACUGGUACCAAGGCAACAAGCAGCAGCACAACAACAUUUACAUCAGCAACAGCAGAGAGAUUCAAUGGCGUUGAACGGAGGUGGUGGUGGUGGUGGAAGCGGCGGUGGCGGCUCCGGCAAUGUCACAGGCACAACUCCCCCUACCGUAGCUGGUGGUGGCACCGUCGCUGGUGGAGGUGGUGUCGUUGGCGUUGCAGGCAAUACUUUAAUACCGCUUGCAGUUCCUGCGCAGCAUCAGCCGGUGUCAAUUGCAACUGUGACAGCAGCCGCCAUUGCCGCUGCAGCAGCAGGGGUAGGAAUGACUUCCACUAUGGCCACAACGACUCCUGUGACUGUAGGUGGGCUAAGCGUGAGUGUUACGAAUCCUGCUGCGGGCGCUACGGGUAACGUUACUGACUCAAAAUUAGCGCAGUCGUCAUUGCAACAGCAGCAGCAGCAACACCAACAACAGCAGCAACAGACACUAAGCUUAACUGGUGGCACAACAGUCACAGCAGCCUCCACAACAACUGCACUAAUACCAAAUGCACCAAACUUGAGCAAGUAUUGGGUGGUUUCGAAUGGCCAAGCGCUUCCUUAUAACAUUUUACCUAAUGGUACAAUAAUCACACCGCAUCAGCGACAGCCAACAGCAACUGAGCAACAUACGCAUCCUCAACAACAGGUUCAGCAGCAGCAACAGCAACAACAACCACAGCAACAAACAAAUGCGUUGCAAAUACAUGCUGCAUUAAACCAAAAUGAUGACAAUCGACAACAACAGCAGCAUGUUUCACAGCAGCAACAUGUAGCCGCCGCAGUGCAGCAGGCCCAGCAACCUCAACAGCAGCAGCAGCAGCAACAACAACAACAGCAACAACAAUUAUUACAACGAGAAAAUAUUAAAGAGGAGAAACCAUUUUCAGACAACGGAAAGUUAAAUCAAUCAAUUGUUAUGCAACACGUAAGCGCAGCGGCGUCGUCCGCACCGACGACGUCUGGCGCCACCACUAUUACUUUGGGUGCACCGAAAACCGAAAUAAAAGAGGAUGUUGGAAUGGGCAAACCGCCCCCUGGCAUUGAAAUGUAUAAAGUUAACAUUGAGGACAUCUCACAGCUUUUCACCUAUCACGAAGUUUUUGGCAAAAUUCAUGGCGAUGUCAUGAAUCAGCAAUUGGCCGCACAUGCAGUGCCCAAUGCUGCGCCGCCACCAACACAUGGUAAUGCGAGCAACAAUGCUGCAGUUGCGGCCGUAGUUGCUAGCGCUAAUGCUGCUGCCGCUGCAGCAGCUGCGGCUGCGGCGGCCGCAAAUACAACAAGUGGUGGUGUGGUGGCGCCCACAACAACGACCAAUCUAACGACGGCAAUCAGUACCAGUGGCACAACAACUGCGCCAGCCACCGCUGUAACAGCAACUCCCACAGUGACCGGCGAAUUGUUGAUGCCAAAAAUGGAGGGUGGCCUGCCGGUUGUGGAUCAAACGACAACAAUCACCCUCGCCCCCGAUGGCACGCCAAUCGCUACCGGCACACAUGUCUGCGACAUUUGUGGCAAAAUAUUCCAAUUUCGCUACCAAUUGAUCGUGCAUCGACGAUAUCAUAGCGAACGUAAACCAUUCAAUUGUCAGGUGUGUGGUCAGGGUUUCACCACCUCGCAGGAUUUGACGCGGCACGGCAAGAUACACAUCGGUGGACCGAUGUUUACGUGCAUCGUUUGUUUCAAUGUAUUCGCCAACAAUGCCAGUCUCGAACGUCAUAUGAAACGACAUUCAACCGAUAAGCCAUUCGCAUGCACGAUCUGUCAGAAGACUUUUGCACGCAAAGAACAUUUGGAUAAUCAUUUUCGUUCGCAUACGGGCGAGACGCCGUUCCGGUGCCAGUAUUGUGCUAAGACUUUCACACGCAAGGAACACAUGGUGAAUCAUGUGCGUAAACACACGGGUGAGACGCCACAUCGUUGCGAUAUUUGCAAGAAGUCCUUUACGCGCAAGGAACACUAUGUCAACCACUACAUGUGGCACACUGGUCAAACACCACAUCAGUGUGAUGUAUGUGGCAAGAAAUAUACGCGCAAAGAGCACCUAGCCAAUCAUAUGCGUUCGCACACUAAUGACACACCAUUCAGAUGUGAGAUUUGCGGCAAGAGUUUCAGUCGCAAGGAGCACUUCACCAAUCACAUUCUCUGGCAUACAGGCGAAACUCCCCAUCGGUGCGAUUUUUGUUCGAAAACGUUUACACGCAAGGAGCAUUUGUUGAAUCAUGUACGCCAACAUACCGGCGAAUCGCCUCAUCGUUGCACCUAUUGUUUGAAAACGUUCACACGUAAGGAACACCUAGUGAACCACAUACGUCAGCACACCGGUGAAACGCCGUUUAAAUGCACCUACUGCACGAAGGCAUUUACGCGUAAAGAUCACAUGGUGAAUCAUAUAAGGCAACAUACCGGCGAAUCCCCGCACAAGUGCACAUAUUGCACAAAAACAUUCACACGUAAAGAGCAUCUCGUGAAUCAUGUACGCCAACAUACUGGCGAAUCACCACAUCGCUGCAGCUACUGUAAGAAGACAUUUACCCGGAAGGAACAUUUGACGAAUCAUGUGCGAUUGCAUACGGGCGAUUCGCCGCACAAAUGUGAAUAUUGUCAGAAGACAUUCACGCGUAAGGAGCAUCUAAACAAUCAUAUGCGUCAGCACUCCAGCGACAAUCCGCAUUGUUGCAAUGUUUGCAAUAAGCCAUUCACACGCAAGGAGCAUCUGAUUAAUCACAUGUCACGUUGCCACACUGGCGAUCGUCCCUUCGCUUGCGAAACUUGCGGCAAAUCGUUUCCGCUCAAAGGAAAUCUGCUGUUUCAUCAACGCAGUCACACCAAGGGCCAAGAAUGCGAACGUCCGUUUUCAUGCGAGAAAUGUCCCAAAAACUUUAUAUGCAAGGGUCAUCUUGUCUCGCACAUGCGUUCGCACUCGGGUGAAAAACCGCACGCCUGCACUCUGUGCAGCAAAGCUUUUGUGGAGCGUGGCAAUUUGAAGCGUCACAUGAAGAUGAACCAUCCUGAUGCGGUAAUGCCACCACCGCCACAGCCGCAUCCACAAAUCCCAGCCGGUAUAUUGACGUCGGUCAAAGAGGAAAUCAAACCAAUAUUUCUUCCUCAUCAAACACCAACAAUGCACACCAUCCAACAGAUUACAUCGGGCGCUGCAGCCGCAAAUGCCGUACAGUUGGCGCCCAGUCUUGUGCCGUUGGUUACCUCAACGAUUACAUCGCACAACAGCCAGAAACCACAGCAACAGCAGCAGCAGCAGCAACAACAACAACAACAGCAGCAGCAGCAGCAACAGGCACAUCAACAACACCAACAGCAAGUGCAACAACAACAGCAGCAGCAAGUGCAACAACAGCAACAGCAGCAUCAACAACAAUUACAACAACAGCAACUGCUGCAAUUAUCGAUACAACAUCAACAACAGGAACAACAUCGCCAACAUCAGCAACAGCAACAGCAGCAAGCACAUCACCAACAAACACAAGCGCAGGCGCAACAGCAAACGCAUGCGCCACAACCACAAGCGCAGCCACAGCCGCAGCAGCCACCAUCGGUGCCUAUCGCACUAAUACAAACCGAUCCGAGCGUUUUGGCGCGCGCAGCCAUGCAAUUGCAGCAUCUGCCAGCUAAUGUUGAGCAGCAUCCGGUGGUUUACUAACAGCAGCAUAAUUUCGCACAUUGGUGAGGCGCGUUAACGGCAGCGUUCAAUAAUAAUAACAACAACAACAACAGCGUUGAUGAAAUUGGUGAUUGCGAUAGAACGGUGCUGAGAUAAAUGCGCGCAAGGCUACAGCUGGUUAAUGCAAUUUCGACUGGUGCUUGGGUAAUGCAGCUGGGUAAUACAACUCGUGGUUAUCGCAAAUGCAGGAGAAGAAAAGCUAUAAAUUAAGAAUGAAAGUUGUAGCAAGUUUAAAGGCAAACAGAAGAAAGAAAUAGAGCAAAAAGAAGUAUAAUUUUCUGCACGUAUUUCUAAGUUAAUAGUUUUAGUCGUUUAUUUUACUAUUAACAGUAAGUGCUACAUUAUUGCACGUACAAAAUUAGUAUGCUGCAACUUGUAACUAACAUAUUGACUACAAGAAACGUAGAGUAUGCAAUUAUAAAUACCGUAAUAAUUUUUAAAAAUUAGGCAAACUUGCAUAAAAUAAUUAACACUUUAAUUAAAUUCGAUACGCUGUUUGCUGCUUGGAUUAAGCCUGGCUUAGUGAGUUACUUCUUCCUGCAUUUGUCCUCUUCAUGCUAACAGAGUGCAAUCUUCUGUGAAACUUUUUUUUACCAAGCUUUACAUUUUCAAUUUUACUCUUUCGUGCGGUUACUUUGCAUUCAAAGUAUCUCGAAUAGUAGUUUUGUGCAAUAUUGAAAAGAAUUUUCUAUAAACCGCUACUUAUAAAAUAGCGACAUUUAAUUUAACAUAACCAGUGUAUUUCAAUGCUCACUAACGCAUACUUAUGCUAAGCGGCGCAACAGCGUGUUUGGGUAAAAGCGAUUGUAUGGGGUAGGUAACAAAAGUAGAAAAUCUGCACUGAAAUUGCAGCGUUCAAAAACAAAGAAAAUUUAAAAGCAACAAAAGCAAAUUCAAAAUUUUGUAAAUUGUAAAUAAAUUUUAUUUUUUUUUUAUUGUAAAAUUAGACUUUCCACAGAUUUUUUGUUAUUUUUCAAUUACUUUAAAAGUAUUGUAAAUGGAGUUAUAAACUACAAUAUUAAAGGUGUUACACCUUACCUAUAUUCUGAACUAAACAUAUAGAGAAAAUUGGACAUACCUAAAUAUUUUUAAAGCUUCGCAGUUAUUGUAACAAUCACAAUUACUGUUAAGAUUGGCGUGAUGUGAACAUAUUUAUUUUUGAAAUUUGUUAUCCUGUUUUUUUUUUUUUUUUUUUUUUUUUUUUUUUUUUUUUUAAAUUAAUUUAAUUUUUUUUUAGUUGCAUAAACAGUUACUAUACAUAUUUAAGAAAUGCCGCUGGAGUGUGACAGUGUUUGGCCGAAUAUAAAUCAGAGUUAUUACGGUAUCAUAGACCCGGUGUAAUUUGUAAAUUUUUAGUGAAUACUGCUGGAGUGACAGUCCCUGGUCGGAUAUAUCGUCGAGUCGACCUAAUUCUUGUUUUUGUUACAACAGCAGGAAACAUUUCUCAUAAGGUUUUAGUGAAUACUGCUGGAGUGACAGUCCCUGGCCGGAUAUUAUUAAUGCGGGCUGUCCCGGUGGCGUAGAAUAGGCUGUCGUGGGAACGUAGAACCAAUUAUUGUCAGCAGAAAACAUUCGCUAUAUAUUUUCGGUGAAUACUGCUGAAGUGACAGGCCUUGGCCGUAUAUAAUUACGGAUCGUUCUGGUAACGUGGAAUAGACUGUCAUGGUUUAGCUCCGUACGCCCAGCAGUUUCGUACCCAAUUGUGUUUAGAAGCUCCGAAUACAAUUCGUGCCAUCUAAUUUGUAUAUACAAUUUGUAGGUACAUACAUACAUGAACAUAUAUUCGCGGUAACGCUGAUAGUUACAUAUAUGAAUCAAAAGUAUUUAGAAAAUACUUUAAAAUCUCGACUACCACCUACAUACAUAUAUCAAAUGUAUUUGAAAAAUACUUUAAACUCUUUCUACUAUCACCCAUAUCGAAUUGUCGGCUUUGCGUUCCUUUUGAGUCCAAUCGCUUUUACCCUUAAGCUAUUAUUUAUUUUCCCCCAAUUCUUAGUUUUUACUGACUUUCUGCAGCUAAAGUGGUUCGAAUUACUCUGUGACAACCAUUUUAUAAACAAUCUAUGAUAUAUAUUAAAGAUUUAAAAAAUAGUUAACCUGUAAGAGGUACGCUGUAUUAUUCGCAUUUUAGAAGUAAAUAAAAUUAAGUGACUGAAGAGACAUUAAUAGAAAUGGAAUAAAUCUAUUAAGGUUUUACUUCAUUUUAAUUUAUAUUUUAUUUGGAUAGCGAAGAAAGAAAAACAUAAAGAAAUAAUUUUAUGUGUAGUAGAGAGUGGCUUUAUGCGUAGAAUAUGCAACAAUGUGUAAACUAAAAUUAAGCGAUUCAAAAAAUUCGGUAUUAUUAUUGAUGAUGAGGGAAAAGGCAAAUCACAAAAAAUAAAACAAAACAAACAAACAAAAAAAAAAAAGCAGUAAAUGCUAAUUAUGGUAAGCAAAUAGAGAAGCGCAAUCAAGAACCAACAUAGUAAUGUGUAAAAUUCCAAAUUUAACCACUAACACCACACAUAUUUUUAGUAACUAAGUCAGCAGCAAUAAUAAGCAAAUAUUCAAAGAAAAGUCUAAAAAGCAAAAGCCUAUGCAACAGUUUUAAAGCGACAACUUAGUGAACGUGAGAAAACAGAAAAUCACUAAAUUAGUUUAUACAUGCAUAUAUACAUACAUAAUAUAUAUAUAUAUACAUAUAUAUUAUAGGCGACGUUACUAAUAAAGUGAAUGCACCAAGGCAUAAGCAAACAUUCAAUUCAUACACCGUAUACAGCAACACAUAACAACAUAUAUAUACAUACAUACAUGCAAUAAAUUGGAGCCAGUUGUGACAGUGACUUUAGCAUGGAGAUGGGUCUGCAAAAAUGUUUGCAUCAAAAAUUGAAAUAGUAUUUUUUUAUUCCAUCUUUUCUCGAUUUCAAAUGUUCCAGUCUUUACGGUAAGAGUUUCUGCCGUGGAAGAUUGCGAUUUCUUUUUAAACUUGCACCCCAAGAAAGUUUACGCCUUAUACUACUAUUUACAAUGGCAGACAUUUUAGCUGGGACACAACACAUUUGUGUACUAACAAAAAAAUUUAAUGCACAUCGACACACCGACACAGCGUUUACAUACCAUACCAACUACAUGCAAACAUAUUUAUCAACUACAUAUACACGAAGUAUGAAAUAUAUAUAAUCGAACUAAAAAUUAAACUAUACUAAGUAUACACCCAACAAGAGAAAAAAUAUAUAACACUAAAUAUUAAUAUUAACUGUUUACGCUUUAAUUUACAAUUUAACAAUACGCAAACAUGAAAAGAGUUGGUUAGCAAAUAAGGAACUAUGCAAGGGUGGGGGUGGUUACAGUUGAUGAUGAGCGAGAGAGAGGAUAGAAGAAGAAGAAGCGUUGCAAACUAAAACACCAGCAAAAUUUUUGUUUUGUGUGGAACUGCAAGCAAACUCUUGCAUAUGCAUUCAUGCGAAUAAAUGAGAGUAACAUAUAUUAAUUGCAAAAAACGUAGUUCUAGUUGAUAAUAAAAUAUGAUAUAUACAUACAUACAUACAUAUACCUAGGCUCAUUUACUAUGCUAACAAGAAGACCACUAAUUGCUAUUAUUAAAGAUAAAAACAUAAAAACAACAUUUAUGCAAGCAUGAACAUACAAUUAUAAGAAAUAUAUACUAAUGUUUAUUAAUUGCAAACAACAAGGAAAAAGAAAACUAGAACUAUAAAGAGAAAUACAUAUAUAAAUAUGCGCGCUGAGCGUUUAAUAGGCAUUAACAUAAAAAUAAUAAUAAUGAAAAUAUAACUAAGCGAGCGGCAGUGUGGCAAAGCAUUAAUUAUAUACAUAUAUGAAAUGUCUAGAAGCGCUGGAAAAUCCUUAAAUGAUUAUUUAUAAAGCAAUGCAUACAUAUUUACAUAUAUUUGCGUGUGCCUAUAAGUGGAUGGGUGCGGAAGUAAUUGGACAGUAUUGACAAGUUGACAAGCUACCAAGUUGAACUAUAGGUGUGCUGUGGUGGGCGCAAAUAAAAUGAGUACUUUUUAAAGUGGUGUAUGGGAGUGCACGUUAGUGUAGGACAAAAAACAAAAAGAAAGAAAGAAAUAAAAGAAGCAACUACAUACAUUCAAAAAUAAAUAUUUAGCAGACAAGCGCUGAUGGGUGUUAAACUAUGUGUUUUGUUCGCUAGCUGAACAACACUACGUGUGACUGACUGACAAGCAUUGAUACGCAAUAAUGCUGCAAAUGAUGAGCGCCAGAGUUAAGCCUUUUGGAGGCCACAGUGAACAAAUGUUUUAUUGUUUGUAUGUUAGAAGUUUAUGAAAUGGCAUUUUAACAUUUUAUUUUGCUUUGUAAAAAAUGCGCCGCAACCCUUUCCAGCUGCUUCCAAGUGUGUACAGAGCUACGAGUAUUUGUGAGAAAAUGACACAACUAUGUAAAGUAAUGCCAAUAAAUUAGAGCAGUCGAGCAUAAGCUAGAAGUUAUGUUUAUGAUUACUGAGACAAUUAAAAAAUGUAUUAUUAAUUAGAGAAGAAAAGUAUUUUCGCAAAAACUUGAUUUGAGGUAAGCAAAAAAAAAAAAUAUAUAUAUAUAUAAACAAAAAAUAAAACAUGAAAAUGAAAGAAGUAACAAUAUCCAUAUUGAACAUAUUUGCAAGUAUGUUGGUAAUUUAUACUUUAAAAAAGUUGAAUAGCAACCAAUUAAAAAAAAAACGAUAUACAUAUAUAUAAAAGAAAACACGUCAUAAAUUAAUAUGUACUAAUCAUAGAAUGAAAGGCAAAGUAAACAAGUUACACAGUUAAAAACAAAAAAA